AUGCCUCGGUCGACGUCGCCGCGCCCGUCGAAGAAACGCGUCGUCGCGGCGAAGAAACGCGUCGUCGCGGCGGCGGCGGCGGCGACGGACGACGAGAAAGAGGAGAAGAAGGACGAGGCGUCGUUGCCGUCGCCGUCGUCGCCGUCGUCGCCGUCGUCGCCGUCUCUCUCGUCUCUCUCGUGGCGCGUCCUCUACGCCCUCCUCGUCCUCCUCCGACUCGCCGCGACGUUCACGACCGGGUACGUCCACCCGGACGAGUACCACCAGUCCGUGGAAGUCGCCGCGUCGGACGUGCUCCGCGUCCGCGCGAUCUCGCCGUGGGAGUUCACCUCCGCCUCGCGUUCACCGCGAUCGCUCGCGUCGACGUCGCUCACCGCGGGCGUCGCGUUCGGCGUCCUGAGAGGCGCCGCGUGGGCGACGUGGAGGGCGCGUAAGCUCCUUCGCGCGCUCGCGCUCGCGAUGAUGCGCGCAUCCGCGAGCGCGUCGAGCGCGAGCGGGGGGCGAUACGGCGUCCUCGCGGCCGCGGCGGCCGCGGCGGAGCGAUGGAGCGGUGGAGCGAUGGAGGCGACGUGCGAGAAGCGAUGGCGGUGGGACCCGGGCGCGGCGCUGUCCCCUCGCGCCGUGUUCCUCGCGCCGCGGGCGUGGAUGCUCGCGACGUCGUUCGCGCUCGACGCCGCGGUCGCAUCCGCCGCGAGAGCGCUCGCUCGCGGAGGAGGAGGAGGAGGACGCGGCGGCGGCGGCGCGCUGGAGGAGGAGGAGGAGGAGGUGGAGCGCGGCGCGCGAGCGGCGGGAACGCGCGCGCGCGCGGCGCUCGCGUCGUCCUGGCCGACGCUCGCGCUGCAGCUCCGGACGUUCAGCAACGCCGCCGAGACGACCGUCGUCGCGCUCGCGGUGCUCGCGACGACGCGCGCGAUCGUCGACGGGCGCGACCGCGGCCGGUCGACGCGCGCCGCGGGCGCGCUCGGCGCGCUGACGGCGGUUGGGACGUUCGCGCGGUUCACGUGCGUCGCGUUCGCCGCGCCGCUCGGCGCGGCGCUGCUGUCGUCCGCGGCGGUGGCGGGGAAGACGGAACGUCGACCGUCGUCGCUCGGCGUCGUCGUCGUCGGCGUCGUCGGGAUCGCGUCGUUCCUCGCCGCGUCGUGCGGGCUCGCGUACGUCGACACGCUGUAUCAUCUCGGCAGAAUCGGCGGCGUCGGCGUCGGCGGCGUCGUCUUGACGCCUCUGAACGCGCUGCGGUAUAACCUGGAUCCGACGAACUUGGCGACGCACGGGACGCACCCGCGAUGGUCGCACGUCGUGGUGAGCGCGCCGCUGCUGUUCGGGCCGAUGACGGUCGUGAUGUACGCGCGCGCGCUCGCGCGGCGCGGCGGCGGCGGCGGCGGCGGCGGCUGUGGGAAAAACGGCGACGCCGCCGCCGCCGGUCGGCGGCGACUCGCGCGCGCGCUCGCGUGGAUGUUCUGGCUCCCGAUCAUCCUCCUGUCCACCGCGCCGCACCAAGAGCCGCGCUUUCUGCUUCCCGCGCUGGUGCCCGCGGUCGCGUUGACCGCGCCGGCGUUGUGCGAUUCGCGCGGACGCGGACGCGGACGCGUCGUCGCGAUCAUCGCCGCGUGGAUCGUCUUCAACGCCGUCGGAUUCCUUCUCUUCGCCGUCGCGCAUCAGGGCGGCGUCGUCCCCGCGACGGCCGCGCUCUCGCGGAUAUACGCGCGCGCGCGCGACGAAGAGGGCGCGAGCUCGAUGAUCGCGGUGUUCUAUCGGACGUACCCGCCCCCGCGCGCGCUCCUCGUGCGGUCGUUCGACGACGACGACGACGACGACGACGGCGGCGGCGGCGGCGGCGGCUCGACGAACGCUCGAACGUUCGAGCGUUGGCGACGGCGGCGGAUGGACAGCGCGCGGUACGACGUGUUCGGCGACGCGGACGAGCUGAAGGGCAUUCGCGUCGUCGACCUCGCGGGCGCGGACCCGAGCGCGCUGCUUCGCGCGUUAGGGGGCGAUCGGUGCGCGGGCGGCGCGGCGGAGCCCGCGUUUGUCGUCGCGCCGUUCACCGCGGCGACGGCGGCGACGGCGGCGUGGCGACGCGCGCGAAACGUCGCCGCGACGAGCGCGAGCGCGAACGCCUCCGCGUGCGUCGUCGCGUUGGACGCGGAUCGCCCCGCGUUUGAGCGCGCGGCGCACUUCAGCGCGGAGGAGAUGGACGCGUAUCUCGACGCGUUCGCCACGGGCGGCGCGCGCGGGGUGUGGCGCGCCGCGCGACUGGGGGUGUUUCGCGCGCGCGUCGUCGAGCUCGACGCGGACGACGAGCGACCAAUAGCGGCGUAG